AAAAAAUGGUUGUUGGAUAAAUUGCUAUUUGUGGCAGUUUCAACACAUACAGGUGAACACUAUUUUUGCUUAGUGGUGUAGUGUAGGAGGCUGUGUUCCCACAGUCUUGAGGUUCAGAUGAUAGUUUGUGGUAGAAGUGGCUGGCAGGGUGACAGGAAGAGCUGGGAAUAAUCUGAAUUAUUUUCUCCAGAUUUUGUUUCUGUACUGUGCAGGUAUGUGUUGGAAUUGGACGCUGUCCCCCAACCAGGAGGCUAGCAUCAUGUGGUUGCUAACUGCUCUCCCUUCACCUACUGAUGCCUCCCAAAAAAAGACGAAACCUUCAGUCCUGCAAAGCCCAGCUGCUGUUCCACGAACAACCACUGGAGGGCCCCAAGCACCACUGUGGAUCUGCUCUUCAAGGCCUCACUCACACUCGGCAGGUGCCUCACAAGCCUAUAGGAGCCAUGGCUUCCUGGGUAUCACCUCAGUUUGACACAACAGUAGAAAGCUUGUUUCCAGCCCACCGGAAACAUCACCAAGAUCAGGCAAGACUUUCAAGUCGAAAAUCAACCUGCAAAUUUCCACAUCUAAUCUUUAAGAAUCCACAGUUUUCUUCUAGACCAGAAACACCAGAAAUCCCCUUAGUCAAGGAGUGCCCCAGUCAACCCAAGAAGGACAUUUCCAGACAGCCCUUGGUUCCAAUGCUCAGUCCCCAGACCUGUGGGGAGCUAUCAGCACACGCACUCCAGAGCUCACCAUGCAUGUUUGUUGCCCUGGACAUCCAGACCCCAGGGCCAUCUGUAAGGGAAGAUCCCAGUCCCCCAGAGCAGAGGGAAAACAGCCUUCCAGUCUGUGUCCACACCUGUACUCCCCACAGCCCGGAGCCUGGGCCCGUUCUGGUUAAAGACACUCCAGAGGAGAAGUAUGGGAUAAAAGUGACAUGGAGAAGGCGAAGGCAUCUAUUUGCGUAUCUCAGGGAGAGAGGGAAGCUGAGCAGAAGCCAGUUCCUGGUGAACAGCUGACUGAAUUUCUCAGACAUCCUCUUCUCCAGACCUCUCAAAAUAUUGCUGAUUUUCCUAGAAUUGCUAUAGUCCCAUUUCUAGUUUACAAGAGAGUAUACUGCAAGAAUAAAAUACAGAUAACACCAGUGGAAGAAAGAUUUUAAGUAGAGUCCUAAGGAAAUUCAGUUCCCAGAUUUGCUUUUCAAGAUUCCUUGUGUCACAAACAUUUGCAUUUAGUGUCAUGAACUGUUUAUAUUUUUCUCUUGUUAAAAAUUUUUAAAUCUUAUAACUUCAAAAUCUAUGUAAAUAAAUGGUUGCAGAGAGUUUUUAGAGAAACUUGCUUGUCGGCAAUACAUGCUAGGCAAGUGCUCUCCCACUGAACUAUAACCCCAACCCAUCCCACUUAUUAUUUAUUUAUUUAUUUUAGGUUUUAGUUUUUCAAAACUG